AUGGAACAGCCUGGAUACCCUGCUCCGACCGACAACAUCUCCGACACUCUUCCGCAGCAAGCUAAUACCACUCCGCCAGGCAACCAUACUCAUUUCCCAGGACCGCCCAUAAGGGCGGCCACCACCUCGAGUUCAGUUCCGAGUCUCCGAUUUCCUCGUCCGGCCGGGAACAGACGACUUACAAACUGGGUUUCCUCGAGCCAUCCAGACAUGAUGCGCCCCUUCAAUAUCCCCGACAACCAUCCGCUGGAUGCCAGCAUCACUGAUGGCUACGACAUCAUUGAUGCCGAUGUGGAGGGCCACUCCGAUGUGGCUGACUCGCCUUAUGAGCAUCCUGCAUCUGAAAUCGGCGACGAUGUACAGAGUCUUGCCGAUACCGACACUGGCACAGAUGUCUACACUAAUGACGUCGAUACGGACUCUUCUGAUGACGAUAUCAUGGACAUAGAGCAUGCAGGCGAUGCUGCUGAUGACAGUGCUGCUGAGACUGAUGAGGAGGAGGACAACGAAGCAGAUAUGUCCAUGGCUGAGCAAAGUCUCGAGCAUCCCACCGAGUUGUUCACGCCAGACUCUGCCCACAUCUCACGACGAACCUCUUUCUCGCAACACGACAACGCCGACAUGGUUCGAGAUCGCAAGAUGAGGGUCAGUGGUUUCUUCAAGCACCAUGGAACCGACCACGCUGGUCCAUCCGAUGGCAAUGGCUUCUUGGCCAUACCCUCUGCUAGAAAUUUGGCUCACAUGGCCGUGGACCACCUGGAGAACAACCCCCUCCUGCGCAAGCGACUAUUGUAUUCUCUGCUACUCAUGCCGCUACUCAUCACAGGCGCGAUUAUCAAAGAGUACAUGCAGGGCAAUGUGAGCGCAUACACUGGCACCUUGACGACAGUACCAGUAGCUUCGGUCUCAUCUAUCGCCACUCAACCUAUCCCAAAUGUUGUGGCGACCACAGCCAUGACAACACCUAUGACUGCCUCCACUAAAUCUCAGCCAAAUGCUUUGCAAACAACUUCGACUCUCAAGAGCGUUGCUAGUGUCUCGCCUCAGUCGAAUUUGUAUUCGAGUCCCAGUCUCUGCUCUGCCUCGGUUCAUGGCCGCAAUGAGAUUUUACUCAGGGUUCCUAAGGAAAUCAAGGCAUCCUGGCUUGCAAAGCGAGCCCUCAUGAUCUCUGUCAGCCGGGGCACGCAUGAUGUAUCGUCAGACGCUGCCAGAAUCACUACUGUUGACGAAGGCUUCCUCAUCAAGGUUCCUCAUGAGGAAGCUUAUGGCGUACUCGACGUCUCGAUCGCCACCACACGCAAGCCAAAGAUCAAGGAGACUUUUCGCGUCAACUUUGGCACUUUCAUUAUUGUGGACGCUUUCGAUGCUGGCAAGCAAUUCCUGAAGGACUUUGCCCACUCAGUCGCAGACACGCUAAACGGCACAACGACUUGGGUCGAGGAGACAUGUAGCCCAGCUUUCGAUAUGAUGCCUGCAUCAGCCUCCAUUACCGAUUCGAUUGUACAAGGGUUCCAAGACAUGGCCAACUCCGCUUUGAGCCUACCUGGUCAUUUUGCCGAGUUUGUCAAAUCGCCACUUUCGUUUUCGGAGAGCCGCGUCGAGCAGGCGCAAAAGGAAUUAUGGCGAACGGCUCAGGAUCUCCAAGACGAGGCAGCGCUUCUCAUCCUCCAAGCACAACUGAAUUCCAAGUUGCAAUGGCUUCGUUGGAGUGGUCAGGAUGCAAAGUAUGAACAAUACUUGGCUGCAGCCAGCCCAUACUAUCAGAAGAAGCAGGAGGAAGCUGCUGUUGCUAGCCGCGCCAGAGCAGAGCUCACCAAGAAGGAAAUCAGAGCACUCCACAAGCAGAUGGCUCGGGAAAGCGACCGCGAGGCAAAACCCCGCUUCUGGAGAUUCAAUAUGGAAGCUGUCUAG